ACAGCUCUAGACCACCUCCUGCCCUGUGAGGUGCUGGCAGUGGCCUUGGGGAGGGCACCCAGCCCUGCCUGCAUCUUGGGAAGGAGCCUGUGCUGCCCUGCUGCUGACCACCCCACGCCAGGGACAGAGAGCAAGAUACAGGAGGCUCCUCUGUGCUGUGUGUGAGUGGUCAAACACCAUCUGCCUGGGAGCAGCGUGGGGCACACUGAUACCUAGUUACCUAGAGCUGGGGCUGAGCUGUGCUUCAGAAGCCAUUGCCUGCUUUUCUUAGGCACCAGGAAUGUCUUCUGAGCCCACUUCAUCCGCCUCGCAGCAGUCCCCCACCUCUCCACCCUCACCCAGUUCUCUCCACCUGCCUGAAAACCGCAGGGCGAGAGAUCGCUCCCCCUCACCCAUGAGAGGGUACCUCAUCCCCAGUCCGCUGCCCACACGACGGACCAGGACGUUUUCAGCAACUGUGAGAGCAUCGGAGGGUCCCAUCUACAAAGGUGUUUGUAAAUGCUUCUGUCGCUCCAAAGGUCACGGCUUCAUUACCCCUGCGGAUGGAGGGCCUGACAUCUUCGUACACAUCUCUGAUAUCGAAGGCGAGUAUGUCCCUGUGGCAGGUGAUGAAGUCACCUACAAGAUGUGCACCAUCCCUCCGAAGAACGAGAAGCUGCAGGCGGUGGAGGUGGUGAUCACCCAUCUGGCUCCUGGAACCAAGCACGAGACCUGGUCGGGGCACGUCGUCAGCUCCUGAGGCGUCCCAGGGGGAGCGCGGCUGCUGCCUGCGUGGUCCCUGCUCAACAACUGGCUGCAGGGCACCUGUCCUAAGAAUAUUCUACAUAUUGUGUGGAAGGAAAUACUGCAUUGUCAAUAAAGCAGAAGCAGGCCAAAAUUACCAUUUUUACAACUGGCCUGGAGGGGGAAAAAAAAAAAAAGGGCAAUUCAAAUGCUAAUGAAAAAUAUCUAGCGUAAUGUGUUUACAAAAAAUGUAUUUUAAAGAGACCUAGUUUGUGUGCUUGGUGGAGAAGGGGAGGUUUGGCUUUUCUUUUAUCUUGUGAACUGAUUCCAGGAAAUGCCCAGGGAAAUCGGGGAGAAGUGUGAAGGAGAGCUUUUCUAGCACAGGCGGCCGUAGCAGAGGCGCGACUCGGAGGCCCUGGCGGUGCGUGAGCACUGUGUUGCCUUGAGCUGCUUUGCUCUGAGGGCUGGAGUACGCUUACUGCCGACAGCAGUGCUGGAAUGCCUUGGCUUGAGAGAGAGAGUGUUCAUUGCUGCGAUUUGUUUUCCCGGUGGAAGGAAGUUCACAAAGAGAGCGGCUGCUGCAGGGGAAAGAUCUCCAUCUGGUGGUUACGCUCUGAUGGCCUCGGCUGGGUGCCCUUCGGGUACACCCUCUGCAAAUGGCAUGGCUGCCUGUGUGUAGAAUGCUGUGGUUUUAAAGCCUGGAUUGUUUGUGGAUUUACUUAGGUGCCUUGAUGAUUGAUUAGCAACAGAUUUUAUAGGCCAGUAUUUAAAAAAAAAAAAAAAAAGGCAAAGUGCAAACCAAAAUUUUUAAAAUGUGCUUCAAGGUAAGUGGUAGAAAGCUGUAGAGUAGCGGAUACUUCAUAGCCUCUGACUGUGUCUGGAUUUAGACAAAGCUGAAGGUUACCUUCUUGAUCGCAUAUAGUCGAACGUCUGCCAUGGCAUCGCGCCGGGCAGGCAGAGUAACUGUGCCUCUGAAAAGCGAGUUGUGUGCUGUUCAGAUGACCGUCUAUAGAGUUCUGUGCGAGUUAGGCUCAGCUGUCUCAGUGAAGGAGCUUCUCCAGCUGUUUCCCUGGAAAACUUGCUUGGUAGGAUGUGACAUGGUCACCCUUGCCCUGACUCUUCUCUGCCUGCAAGAUUUCAUGUAGUUGUAGUGCAACUUAGGUCUGUUCUGUUGUGCCUUCAACAUCUUUUUUUCAAGUGAAGCGUUUUUCUCUAUUAUGUUCCUAACAUUGCAUUUUUAUUGACUUUGCAAAUAAAAACCAAUACAAAAUGGCAUGAUACUCUUCUGUUAGUUGUGUGAAACAGUGUAACUUCAGUUGCCUGUUUGCAGUGCUCGCUGUUGUGAAAUGCCUUUAAGACUCUGACCACAGAUGAUAGGUCUGACCCGGGGAGGGCGCAGCUGUAGGGAGCUCGGUAACCGCUGCGGUGGCUUGUUUCGCCUCCGCUGUCCCUGUGUGACAGCACAGCAGCCGGUACAGGCCAGCCUGCAGUGGGGGGUUGGGGUUUUGUUUGUUUUUUAUUAACCAUAAGACCUAGUAGUGGUGGAUUUAACUCUCUCCAGCUUGUUGGAAUAUCACAUACUGCUUCCUUUAAAAUAAAUGUGACCAUUAUAAUGCUUUAA